AGGUGCUCAGUGUGCCCCGGAGUUCUGGAAGCUUCUGUUCCCCUCAGGUGCCUUCUUGCUUUUUGAGGCACUCUGGGGGAUGAGACUAAACGCGACCUCUGUCACAGCCCCUGUGGGAUGUGACAAGGGAGGCCGGCUCCAGGGUUUGGGCAGCAGCCACCUGAACUGAGCCUUGGGAGACCAUUCUUAAUAACACAAGCGGCAAAUCCCCAGCGGCUCCCAGCGGGAGCUAUGCCGGUGCCGGAUGCCUCCAAGAGCGGCAGAGUCAAGGUGUCGACGGCCACCAGAGCGCUGAACCCCCGGGACUUUGUGCGAAUCCAGGCUUUGCCCGCCCUCGAGCAGAGAGCAGGGAAGAUCUUAGCCCGGAGCCAGACGGUUUAUAAGAGCAGCGAACCCUCACGAGAAGAGGCUUUCUGGGCCAACUACCGCCGCCGGCAGCAGCAGCUCGCCCAGGGACACUUCACCAGCAGCGGGAAACCCUACCAGGAGCUCGGCGAGAUCCUCUACACCGACCCAAAGAAACUCACCCUCCACGCUCUGGGGCAGCUCAUGCCGGAACCAGUGAAAAAAGAUGUUCAAGAAGGACUACCAGAAGAAGAGGAUAAAGUUACAACUAAGAAAUUAUUUUUGAAUCUAAGGACUCGUCCACCAGAAUCAGUGAAGAUGCUCACCCCACUUAGACAGACAGGAAAGGAACUGAAAACUCUUAGUAAAGUUCUUGCCCAUUCAAGGCGUCAUAUCACGGCGGUGAAGCAAGGGAGAGGAUAUUUUCAUAUGCUUCAGCAAGAAUCUCUGGAGAGGAAAAAAGCAUUGAAAGCAGCACAACAGGCUCAGGACAUGAGAUGGAGAACUACAUGUCAGCCACCCAGAUACUCAUCUGACGAGGAGUCUGAGGAAGAGAUAAGUAUUCCCGCAGUUCUGACAGAAGACCAUUCCCAGGGGAAGAUAGUGAAAAGAAAGAGAAGAAAGAAGGUGACUUUACGGUCUUUCACUCCUAUUUAUACCAGUGUCUUGAUUCCAAACUCCACUGAAGCAAAAAGUGAACAUCUUUUCCGACAGCUGUGCGCCGUACACUGGCUUUUGGAAGCUUUGACUCUCGAAUCCAGUGGUUCUAUGCAUUCCAUAUUAACCUGCUGGAAUCCAACGGACCCUGGUGGCACUAAGAAAACAUUAGAAGAAAUUGAAGAGGAGAAGUUAACAACAUACAUGUGGGAACUCUUUAUUACAGACACAAAGAAAUUCACCCACAAAGCACGACACAGUCCACUUAGCAAGAAGAUAUACAAGACAGUAUCUAAUCUAGGCAUCUCUCAGCUUAGUAGUCAGUCAUCUCCCUAUACACAAACUCCUCUUGACAGCACACCUUCUCUCGUCUUCUGCUCUGAAGACAAUGUCAACGUGAAUAUAGCUUCAUCUGAGGUUACAAGUGAAUCAGCACAAACUAAAGAAGAAGAAGAAACUCUUUGCCCUGCCCUACAGAGGUUAAUCCAGAUAACACAUGAAGAGGUGUCAAAAGAUUUUUAUAAGGAAGAAGAUAGAGCUAAGAAGACUGAACUGCAAGGUUUGCUCUCAGUGGCUCCAAAGGAUGACAGGGUAAAUGUGGCACUCAUUAAGGAGCAGGGGAGCAUCGCAUCGGGAGAGCAGAAAGCCAGACGUUCACUUGCUCUGACUGAAAGGAAAGACGGAACAGCCACAGCAACAACUAAAGAGCAGGAGAGUCCAAAGCAAAUGAAAAAAGCCAAUGGCUGCCAUAUCAGCUCUUUUAUUAAAAGCAAAUCGAAUUUGUGUGCUGAUAUGAGGCAAAAGUUCACGGCAGUACGUGAAGAAGCAGCUUCCUGUUUACAUGACACCCUAGAGAGCCUUGAGAGAAGACAGGAAGAGAGGUGUUGCCAAAAGUACCAAGCUUUGAAGCAUAUCAAGUAUUUUAAGAGAGACCUAGAAAGAAUGAGACACUUGGGAAUGAGAGCUGAAAGAGAACAUGAUGAAGAUGAGCUCAAAUGGUUUCCUGUGUUGCUGGCCAGACUCCCAGAGUCUGUGAAGAAUGACCAUUAUGUACAGAAAAUCUUAAAGAAACUGGAAAAAUUUGGCAAGAAUCCUGACUUGAGAAUUCGUCCUGACACAUUUCUAAAGGCCCUGGCUGAUCUCCAAGUGUGGGAGCUGUGCUCUCCAGAAAUUGCUGCAGCUGUGGAGUUUGUACGUGAAAGUGUUGUGCAGAUGCCCGAAGAGGAUUUCAGCGCAUGGUUUCAGACAAGAGUAACUCCUGUCAGUGCACAAUCUUCCACCUUUUAAUCAAAGGGCCAGAUGAGAUGGUUUUCUAGCGAGAACUUUCUGACUUCAAGCAGAACACCACUGUCUGUUGAGAUCUGCCUCAAAGAGAACAGAGAAAGGGAAGCUAAUUUUAGAAAAUGCCACUGACUAUCUCUGUCCACCUGAAAAUUGUCCCUCCAUGGUGUUCCACUUGCUAUGCUCAGCCAUAGAAAACAAAAGCUAAAUAAUGUUGCUGCGUGUGUGAUGUCUUGGACAUGCAGUCAAAAUUCAAUUUCACCUAGCCAAGCAAGAUGAAGUCCUAGCUCCCAGUCACAAGUCAGGUACUUUCUUCAAGCAGUACAUACAGUCUCACAGCAUUAGUACAACUAUACUAAUUUCCAUAUCUAAAUACUAUUGCUCUUCAGUUUAGCUCUUUAAAAAAAAAAAAAAAAAAUACAAAAUGCAGGGUAGUUGUAAAUACGAAGACAAUUCUGUUUGAGAUGAAUCUUUUUUGGAAUUUAGAUGUGUUAUUUCUGCAUUGAGCUUAUUCUGUAAACUCAGUAUGUAGAUAUGGCUAAAUUUUUGCCUUAUUAAAAUCAAUAUUGGAGAAAAAAAAAUCCUUAGAUUCAUUUGCAAGGUUUCCACUUAAAGAUACAUUUACCUCUGACUACCUUAGCCUUGUUAUUAUUCUGCUGGGUAGGACAGUAGACUAGUUCCCGAAUACAUGACCUUUAUGAACGUCUCUGGGCUUAACCAUAUGAUUCAUGGCGGGUGGGCAAUGGAAUCAGUGACC